AUGAAAUUUAAGAUCAAUUGGCUCAUAUUUUUCUACCUUUCGUUAUGCUUUUGUUCCAAAUCUCAAGUCAAUGAUCGCUAUACAAGGAGAACACCUGGUGAGGUGAAUAUUGAUUUUUAUAAUAACAUAAUUGAGAAAGAUAUGAGAAAAGGGUUUCACUCCGAUCUCAGUCUUAACUUCACGCUUGAAGAUUGUAAGGCAAUGAAAUAUUGUCCUGCAACCAUGGAAUACGGUGAAGAAUUCACUAAAAAUUUAUUAACUUUGGACAUGUUCGAAGUCCUUACUUUUACAUUGAAUAAGAAUGAAGAUGAAUUAAGACAGCCUAUUAACGAUACUUCUUACUGGUAUGAAUACUCUCAUAACAAGUUCAAUGGUAAGGCCAUUGGAAAAUAUGUUUCACCACAACAUUUUCAUUAUGCAGAUAAAACUAAAUUAAUCAUCACGGUCCCUAUUUAUCUCGUAUGUUCUAUUAUUGCUGCUGUUGUAUAUAUUUAUAAGAGAAAGUUGCUUGUCAAGAUGAAUUUUAAAUUCUCGAAUAUUUCUAGGAUUCUAUUCAAAUAUUUAUCUGUCAAAUUGGUAUUUGGUACUGUCUAUCUAAUGUACUUAGUAGUGUUUGUUGAUUUUAGAACGCAGCCCUUGGGUCAUUUUAAAAUCUUAGUAACAUUCACUAUAUUCAAGUACAUAUUAAGUCUUACAACCUUCCUUUUGGUGGUGCUUUUGGCUUUUGGGUAUUGUACUUCGUUCUUCACAUUUACCAAUAGAAAACCUAUUUUAUGGAAGGUAUGUGGGAUCACCUUAUUAAAUGGCAUCCAAAGUUUUCCAAAGCUUUUCUAUGAACUACAAGAUAUCAAAAACUCCGUGCCUUUUUUCCGUGCUUAUAAAAGCAGGUUACCCAUUCCUGUCACAAUUGGGUUUAUAGCUCUAUACAUUGUGAUCUUAUUUGCUCUCACAUACAUUGCAUAUGAUACAUAUAAGCAUUCCCAUAAGAGGGAUGCGAGGUUUUUGCUUUCGUUUCAAAUAAUAUUGGCAGCUUAUGUCUUAUCUCCAUUUAUAGUUGUUCCUAGUGGACGAUCGACGAUACCACUCUUUAUAAAAAACAAGUAUUUGCUAAAUGAGGGAGCCCCAGAACAUUAUUCGCAAAGUAUUCAUGUUCCUGAUGUUAUUGAAUUGUUUGCUAUUGGAGCUUUGAUUUAUAUCUGGAGAGAUUUGAAAUACGUUGAAAAUGAUGGUGAUGUUUACGAUAAGCUUGACAAUGGUGAAUAUGAAUUAGAAGAGAGUCAUUAG